AUGACAUGCAAUAUUAAUGAAAACUUAUCAGUUGUUUAUCGUCCUAUUGAAAAAGAUGAACAAGUUCAAGCUCUUGAUUUAUGGUAUUCUGUAUUUGGAGCACAUAGUCCAGGAUGUUUCGAACGUGAUUUCACCAAUGAAGCAGCUCCAACAUAUCAAGAUGGCGAUACUAUUGGUGCAUGGUGUGAUGGACAAUUGGUCAGUACAGUACAUAUUCGACGUCUUAUACUUCAGUCUCGUGACAAUGGUACUAAGUAUUUAUGUGGUGGUAUUUCCAAUGUAGCCACUCUGGAGAACUAUCGAAAUCGAGGAUUUUCGCGACAUCUACUUCGUUUAGCUAUUGAGAGAAUGGAACGAAGCGGAGAAUUCGAUUUAUCUAUUUUAGGUACUGGACGAUAUAAGCAUUAUUCAGUUCUUGGUUGGGAACAAAUGAAUGUGCCCAAUACAACUACUAUCGAAUGGAAGAAUUUUGAUUCUAAUAUGAAUAACAUAAAAUGGUGUUCGCCAUCUGAAAUAUUUUCAUCAGAUAAAGAAUUAAUACUUGCUUUACAUACGAAAAAUCCUCGAGAAUAUCAAUUCGAUCGGUCACCUUCAUCUGUAUUCGAGCAUUUUAUAGGUUGGAACUGGCGAUUGAAUAACGCCAUUAUUUAUAUACAUCAUGAAGAAGAAUCGGGUUAUGUUGUAAUCAGUAAAUCAGACAACAUUAAUGAUAUUUAUGUAUCUGAAUGGCGAGCACCGAAUAUUGACGUCGAAAGAAAAUUAUUCAAAAUCGCAGCUGAAGAGAUUUAUCGUCGACAACAGCAGCAGACAAAUAUAGUACGUUUUCAUGGCUUACCUCAGUAUAUGACCAUUGAGGAAUUGGAACAAUGGGCUGGAAAGAUAAAAAUAGAUUUCGUAGCAGACAUGAUGAUACGUAACAUUCGUCUUUCGAAAGAAACAAUUGACAAGAUCAAAACAGCGUAUUUGAAAGGUUCCGCAACAUUUUGGUCAGCUGAUUAUUUUUAA